AUGUUACUUUCUGCUAUAACAGCCAAUCUCCUUGGUGUAUUGUCAUUAGGAGUAAACCUAGCUGAAGCAAUCAACUUGAAAAAUCUUGAACCUAGCUCAACACUUGCACGUCGACGGAUCGGUGUUAUAAACAAUUUCCCAACAGUUGACGGUUGUGGAGAGCCCUGCGGUCAAUUACUCUAUAAUAUCUCUAAAGCAUUCUUCGUGAUGGCACCGACGUGUGCUGCACUGCAUCAGGCUGAUCUGCUGCUUGAUGUAUCGACAGAUCCAAGGAUCAAGGAUGAAAAGACCAAAGAGCAACUGGUAACACUUGCAAAGGCUUUAGUCUCAGGUGAAAAAAACACAGCAGAUGAUUGGACAAAGUCUCCAUCUUUAAAAUUGAAUUCUUUGUAUUGUCGUGAAGUUCCAAGGCAUCCAAUCUUGAACGGUUUACACUUCAAGCAAGCUCCGGGUAAUGAUCCGAAUUUAUUCUUCAACCCUGACGGUAAGAAGACAAUCAAAUUGGAUGAUAUUCCUGAAACUAGACCCUUAGAAUUCAAGGAUGGUAAACCCGUUGGUCCAGUUUCAGGAACAUCAUCUGAUAAAACCGUGAAGGGGACUAAAUCAUAG